AUGAGUCGUCUCUGGUCUUUUUUGCUUACCAUUACAUUGUGCGUUGGGUUGAAUAAUGCGGGAGUGUUGGAGAAAAACUCUGUACAUUUCAAAAACUCUCUUGGUCCAAACAAUAUUCUCAGGGUUAACUGUAAUUCGAAGGACGACGUUCUAGGCAUCCACGAUUUGAAACCUGGACAAACCUACGAUUUUAGUUUUAAUGACAGUGUUUUUAAGACCAUAUUCGAUUGUACCUUAGCGCAGGGACGUGGGUUCAUUCAUCACGCAACCUUUAGGGCAUAUGAAGGUGGUGGUCUCAUAGUUCAUUAUGGUAAGGAGAACUUUUGGGAUGCUAGAGAAGAUGGAAUUUACUUUACACAUGGUAAAGAAACUCCCAAGUUACAGUAUAAGUGGUUAUAA